UCAAAAAAUAUUUUUGUAGUGAUAGUUUUUCAUUUUGUUAUCGUGUUUUAUCGUUGUAAUUUACAUAAAGAUUAAUGAUAAAGACUGCGAAUGUUGUAACACACUCUAAUAUAAGACAGUUCAUCGUUCAUGUCGUAAGAAAGAUGACCCAUCAAGUCUUUGUCUAUGGUACACUAAAGCGCAAUGAGCCUAACCACUACUGGCUGAGCAAUCCUGAGAACGGAGCGAGCAAGUUCGUAACCAAUGGAAUAACAAAGACUAAAUACCCACUAAUCAUCGCUACGAGAUACAACAUUCCAUUUUUACUUUACAGUCCGGGCAACGGAGCUAAUGUACAAGGUGAAAUAUAUCAAGUUGAUGACAAAAUGCUGAGUAACCUGGAUGUGUUGGAAGAUCAUCCCAAAUUCUACGUCAGAGAAGUAGAUGACAUACAAAUACAGAAAGGGAAUGAAACAUCAGCAACGAAAUGCUGGGUGUAUUUCCUAAAGACGUUUAAACCAGAGCUGCUGAAGAAGCCAACGAUCAGCAACUACUCUUCCUCAGGACCCCACGGCCUCGUCUAUUCGGAGAGGUGCAAUAGAGACCCUAGUUACGAUUAUUGGAAGGAAGUUAAACACAGUCAGGGAGACUGUUGAUUUUUAGAAAAUCUAGUCAAAAAAGUACCUUAAUGGACAAAUAAAAGAACAUAAUGCAUGGAAAUAGUGUAUAUAAAAAAUAUUUUUAAAAAUAAACGGUUAAUAGUGCUUUUAACGGCUUAUUUUGUAAUUCGUGCCUUGAAAAUGUUUUUAUUUUUG